CUCUCAGUCACCACACAGUUUAGUUUAUGCACAAGUAUUUCCUUCACAAGAUAAGCUGUCGAUCUUUCUCAGGAAUGGGUUGCAGCCACAAUCUUGUGUGUGGUCAUAGACUUCACCAUUUUGCCAUUUCCUUUCUCUUUCUCCUAAUUUCGAGCUCAUCUCAGUUAAGAAUAUUCAAUGGCGCAGAAGGUAGAAAAUUAGUACAGAGGGUCGACAAUUCCCAGACGGUAAGCGAAGAGAAGUCAAUAUUGAGAGCACAAAUUGGUUCGAGGCCGCCACGGUGCGAGAGGAGGUGCAGUUCUUGUGCGCAAUGUGAAGCCAUUCAGGUGCCCACAAACCCCCAAACAAGAAACGAAUUCAAGAAUUCAACCAUUGGCUAUGCUAGAAUAGAUGAUCAUUCCAAUUACAAGCCCAUGAGCUGGAAAUGCAAAUGUGGAAGCCUCAUUUUCAACCCGUAAUCUAAUCUUAAUUAUCGUGUAUAGAAGUUAUAGAAUAUUAAUAUUAAUCACCUCUUUUUGUUCUUGUCUUUCUAGCUACUUGUACUCUAUUCUGGGAAAGGAAUUACUGUUUCUUUUGUGGGCAUCUUCAAGAUUUCCCCAUUA